GCUUCUCCCAUCACCUCAGUUGUCCUGCUGCCUUCAUACGGCAAACCGCUCCCGCCCUUCAUACGUACACGCAACGUCCACCCAAGAUGCCCAAGCAAGAGGUCUUUGAACUACACCCAACGGGGUGGGAGUCGGACCCCCCGGAGGAGUUCUUCAAGCUAUCCACGCUCGACUACUGCGUUGCGCAGGUAUACACCAACUAUGCCCUCUUCUUCAAGCUCACAGAUGCGGAGAAACCCAAGGCUGUUUCGGUGCUCAAACGUGGCCUUGAAGUCACACUGAGCCAAUGCCGCCAGUUGGUCGGUAGGCUUGAGAAUCAUCCGGACGGCGGGCUCUGCUUCCACAAAAAGAGAGAAGACACCGUUCAAUUUCACGUACAAUGGCUCGACGGACCAGAGGACAAGCACCCGUCCUUCUCUGAGCUUGAGAAACGCCACUUUGUGUCCAAGGCAUUGGGGAACAUGGACACAUGGUGUGUUCAGCCCAUGUCAUAUGGUGAGAAGCCCGAGGCCCAGCCCGCAAGCAACCCCAAGGCAUCGGCCUUCAAAGCCAGCUUCAUUGCUGGCGGGCUCAUCUUCAUGAUGCAUCACCAUCAUUAUGCCAAUGAUAUCAUGGGCUGGGCUGGCGAAAUGCACCAGUUGGCGGAUAAUUGUGCCGCUAUCUGGAAGUCGUCCGAGGACAUCCCAGCCUCUCUUCCCGCUUGGGACCCGGCCUGCCUGGAUCUAUCCAGGGUCACCGUUGCUGACCCUCCGGAGGAGCAGCGUGUUGAUGGACCUGUGUCGCCCCUACGCCACCCUGACCACAAGACUGGUCAGUGGCUUUUGUUCCAUCUGCCCAGGAGCAAGACUGAAGAACUGAAGAAACUGGCAAGUCCUGGGGAUGGGAACUGGAUCUCCAGCUAUGACGCAUACAUGGCCUACAUCUGGCGUGUGCUAUCGAAGCAUCGAGCCCGCCUUUUCAAGCCAGAUCUCAAGCAGAAUCUGCUAUGGGGUGAAGCGGUAGAUAUGCGCAGACGCUUCCAUGACCCCCCUGUGCCAGCCCGUAUUCAAGGCAAUGUUGUCUGGGUAGCGCUUAGUACGCAGAGUCCCGUGCCUCAGCUCACGGCUGAAGAGGUCAUCUCAGAGGCACCACUAACUAAGCUAGCUUGGUACAUCCGCCAGCUCACAAACGGCGUCACGCAGGAUGCCGUCAGUGCAGGACUCGCUGAUAUCGCCCCUAUCCGCGACAAGACGACCCUCUUCCUUCGCACCGACAGCUUCCCGCCCAUGAGCAACUUUACAACCGAGUGGCGAGAUACGGCGCCCUGUGACGCCGACUUUGGCUUUGCUACGCCCUAUGCCUUCCGUUUCCCCUUUGACACCGUCACUGCCGGUCUGACUGUUGUGUAUCCGGUCCGGAAGAAUGGCCCCGCUGGCGAUGAUGAGGGCAAUGAGUUCAGCAUAGGGUUCGAGAAGGAGCUCUCAAAGGGUCUGAUUGAGGAUCCGGAGUGGAACAAGUUCUUUGAGUUCAGAGGUAUCGAUGCCGAGGAGGGAAAGACCACAGCGUAGAGCAUGUUGCUCCACCCUUUGAAAGUCCUGGACUCCUGGCUUUCAAAUAUCCAGCAUAAACUGAGUGUUCGGGCUUAAUCCAGUGAAUGGCAGCCUCUUGGACGAAUCCUGGGUCUAAAGUGCCGUCGUAAUGGGGAUGUAUAUGGAUCGU